AUGGCCGACCGCGGGUGUCCGCUGGAAGCAGUGCCGCUGCCCGCCGAGGUGCGGGAGAGCCUGGCCGAGCUGGAGCUGGAGCUGUCGGAAGGUGACAUCACUCAAAAAGGAUAUGAAAAGAAACGGGCAAAGCUGCUUGCACGCUAUAUCCCACUUAUUCAAGGAGUAGAUCCAUCCCUACAAGCAGAGAACAGGAUCCCCGCUCCCUCACAGACCACAGCCGCCGUGCCCAAACAGCAGAAGCCGCGGCCCACCAGUUCCCGGGACGAGCGCUUCCGGUCAGAUGUUCACACUGAGGCAGUGCAAGCAGCUUUGGCCAAAUACAAGGAGAGGAAGAUGCCUAUGCCUUCAAAAAGACGUUCUGUUCUUGUACAUUCCUCGGUGGAAACCUACACGCCUCCAGACACAUCAUCUGCCUCAGAAGAUGAGGGCUCUUUACGGCGACCUGGGCGACUCACCUCCACUCCGCUCCAGAGCCAUUCCAACAUCGAGCCCUGGCUCGACCGGGUCAUUCAGGGCUCGUCCACCUCAUCCUCUGCAUCCUCCACCUCAUCUCACCCGGGAGGGAGACCCGCCGCCGCUCCCAGUGCCGCCGCCACCACGCUCACAGGCCCCGCGGCCCACGCCCACAUAGAUGUGCACUCCGCCCCUCCAGAUGUCACCACGGGCCUUGGGGAGCUUUCGCACCGCGAACAUCCGCAGCUGGCUUCUGUGCGAGGUGUCGCUCGGGGCUACAGUGGGAGUGUCCUGGAAACGGCUGGUGGUGUCCCUGUGAACAGCAGAGUGUCCUCCAAAAUCCAGCAACUUCUCAACACCCUGAAGAGGCCAAAGCGCCCUCCGCUGAAGGAGUUCUUUGUGGAUGAUUUUGAGGAGCUGUUGGAAGUGCAGCAACCAGAUCCAAAUCAGCCAAAGCCUGAGGGAAGCCAGAUGGUGGUGCUGAAAGGGGAACCUCUGGCUGUGGGGGUCCCCUGGCCCCCAUCCCUGCUGGCCGCCCUGCAGCGGUGGGGUACGACGCAGCCCAAAGCCCCCUGUCUGACCGCUUUGGACACGGCCGGGAAGGCCUUCUACACCCUCACCUAUGGCAAACUUUGGAGUCGGAGUUUAAAACUAGCUUAUACUCUACUUAAUAAACUGACUAGUAAGAAUGAACCACUACUUAAACCUGGAGACAGAGUGGCCCUGGUGUUUCCGAACAGUGACCCUGUGAUGUUCAUGGUGGCAUUUUAUGGGUGUCUCCUGGCAGACCUGGUUCCUGUCCCCAUAGAAGUGCCAUUAACAAGAAAGGAUGCUGGCAGCCAGCAGGUCGGGUUUCUGCUGGGCAGCUGUGGCGUCGCCCUGGCCCUGACCACGGACGCUUGUCAGAAAGGCCUGCCCAAGGCACAGACAGGAGAGGUGGCGACUUUCAAAGGAUGGCCCCCGCUCUCCUGGCUGGUGAUCGACGGCAAGCAUCUGACCAAGCCCCCCAAAGACUGGCACCCGCAGGCCCAAGAUGCAGGGUCUGGGACUGCCUACAUCGAGUAUAAAACCAGCAAAGAAGGCAGCACAGUGGGGGUCACGGUGUCCCACGCAUCCCUGCUGGCCCAGUGCCGGGCUCUGACUCAGGCUUGCGGCUACUCAGAAGCUGAGACAUUAACAAAUGUGCUGGAUUUCAAAAGGGAUGCUGGUCUGUGGCAUGGAGUGUUAACAAGUGUCAUGAACAGGAUGCACGUCAUCAGCAUCCCGUACGCGCUGAUGAAGGUGAACCCUCUGUCCUGGAUUCAGAAAGUGUGUUCCUAUAAAGCCCGGGCCGCGCUGGUCAAGUCCCGCGACAUGCACUGGUCUCUCCUAGCUCAGCGAGGUCAGAGGGACGUCAGCCUCAGCUCCCUGCGCAUGCUGAUCGUGGCCGACGGCGCUAACCCCUGGUCCAUAUCCUCCUGUGAUGCGUUCCUCAAUGUCUUCCAGUCCAGAGGGCUGAGGCCUGAGGUCAUCUGUCCUUGUGCCACUUCUCCUGAGGCGUUAACAGUUGCCAUCCGCAGGCCGCCAGACCUGGGAGGACCUCCACCAAAAAAGGCUGUCCUGUCGAUGAACGGUCUCAGUUUUGGUGUGAUCAGAGUUGAUACUGAAGAAAAGUUGUCCGUUCUUACCGUUCAGGACGUUGGUCAGGUGCUGCCGGGAGCUGACGUAUGUGUUGUGAAGAUAGAAGGUACCCCUUAUCUCUGUAAAACCGAUGAAGUUGGAGAAAUAUGUGUCAACUCCAGCACCACCGGCACAGCGUACUACGGGCUACUUGGAAUCACUAAGAGUGUCUUUGAGACCGUCCCGGUCACAGCAGGAGGCGUGCCCGUGUCUGACAGGCCUUUCACCAGGACGGGGCUGCUGGGCUUCAUCGGGCCUGAUAACCUGGUCUUUGUCGUGGGCAAGCUGGAUGGGCUGAUGGUGGUUGGAGUUCGUAGACACAAUGCGGAUGACAUCGUGGCCACUGCACUGGCCGUGGAGCCCAUGAAGUUUGUCUACAGAGGCAGGAUUGCUGUGUUCUCCGUGACGGUGCUGCACGAUGACCGGAUCGUCCUUGUGGCUGAGCAGCGGCCAGAUGCCUCCGAGGAGGACAGCUUCCAGUGGAUGAGCCGCGUGCUGCAGGCCAUCGACAGCAUCCACCAGGUGGGCGUGUACUGUCUGGCCCUGGUUCCUGCCAACACCUUGCCCAAGGCUCCUCUCGGAGGGAUUCACAUUUCUGAAACCAAGCAGCGUUUCCUGGAGGGGAUGCUGCACCCAUGUAAUGUACUAAUGUGCCCUCACACCUGUGUCACCAACCUUCCCAAACCUCGCCAGAAACAACCAGAGGUGGGGCCGGCCUCCAUGAUCGUGGGGAACCUGGUUGCCGGGAAGAGGAUCGCACAGGCCUCGGGGAGGGAGCUGGCUCACCUGGAGGACAGUGACCAGGCCCGAAAGUUCCUCUUCCUGCCCGACGUGCUGCAGUGGCGGGCACACACCACUCCCGACCACCCGCUCUUCCUGCUGCUCAACGCCAAGGGCAGCGUCACCAGCACUGCAACCUGCGUUCAGCUGCACAAGAGGGCAGAGAGGGUGGCCGCCGCCCUGAUGGAGAAGGCAAGACUGAACACUGGGGACCACGUGGCUUUGGUCUACCCCCCAGGGGUGGACCUCAUUGCUGCCUUCUACGGCUGUCUGUACUGCGGCUGCGUGCCCGUCACGGUGCGGCCCCCGCACCCCCAGAACCUCGCCACCACGCUGCCCACUGUCAAGAUGAUCGUGGAGGUCAGCAAGUCCGCCUGUGUCCUCACCACACAGGCCAUCAUGCGGCUGCUCAAGUCUAGAGACGCAGCCACCGCCGUGGACGUCAGGACCUGGCCAACCAUUCUGGAUACAGAUGACAUACCAAAAAAGAAGGUGGCGAACAUUUUCAGGCCCCCGUCUCCAGAUGUGCUCGCGUACUUGGACUUCAGCGUGUCAACUACGGGGAUAUUAGCAGGCGUGAAGAUGUCACACGCAGCCACAAGUGCCUUGUGCCGCUCCAUAAAGCUGCAGUGUGAGCUCUAUCCCUCGAGGCAGAUCGCCAUAUGCCUUGAUCCCUACUGUGGCCUCGGCUUCGCCCUGUGGUGUCUGUGCAGCGUCUACUCAGGACACCAGUCCGUCCUGGUGCCCCCGCUGGAGCUGGAGAGCAACGUGUCCCUGUGGCUGUCUGCCGUCAGCCAGUACAAGGCCCGGGUCACCUUCUGCUCCUACUCAGUGAUGGAGAUGUGCACCAAGGGCUUGGGAGCACAGACGGGCAUCCUCAGGAUGAAGGGGGUGAACCUGUCCUGCGUGCGCACCUGCAUGGUGGUCGCAGAGGAGAGGCCCAGGAUCGCGCUCACGCAGUCCUUCUCCAAGCUGUUCAAGGACCUGGGGCUGCCGGCACGCGCGGUGAGCACCACGUUCGGUUGCAGGGUCAACGUGGCCAUCUGCCUCCAGGGCACAGCCGGCCCGGACCCCACCACCGUCUACGUAGACAUGAGGGCGCUGCGCCACGACCGGGUACGGUUGGUAGAACGGGGUUCUCCGCACAGUCUGCCGUUGACGGAGUCUGGAAAGAUCCUCCCUGGGGUGAAGGUCAUUAUUGCGCACACUGAAACCAAAGGGCCCCUUGGAGACUCACACCUGGGAGAGAUCUGGGUGAGCAGCCCGCACAAUGCUACAGGCUACUACACGGUGUAUGGGGAGGAGGCACUGCACGCCGACCACUUCAGUGCCCGGCUGAGUUUUGGAGACACCCAGACCAUUUGGGCGAGGACUGGCUACCUCGGUUUCCUUCGAAGAACAGAGCUCACGGAUGCCAGUGGAGAGCGACAUGAUGCGCUGUACGUGGUCGGGUCUCUGGAUGAGACGCUGGAGCUGAGAGGCAUGCGCUACCACCCCAUUGACAUCGAGACGUCCGUGGUCCGAGCCCACAGGAGCAUCGCUGAGUGCGCCGUGUUCACCUGGACCAACCUGCUGGUCGUGGUGGUGGAGCUGGACGGGCUGGAGCAGGACGCACUGGACCUGGUGGCUCUGGUCACAAACGUGGUGCUGGAGGAGCAUCACCUGGUUGUGGGCGUGGUGGUCAUCGUGGACCCCGGUGUGAUUCCCAUCAACUCGCGGGGCGAGAAGCAGCGCAUGCACCUUCGAGACGGCUUCCUGGCCGACCAGCUGGACCCGAUCUACGUGGCCUACAACAUGUGAGCGCAGCUCCUCCGCCCCGUGCCUCCCACGGCGGGAACCGGCAGAGGCGUCGGGCCACCAGUGGCCACCAGGAGAAGGGCUCCAGUCCUCCCGAGCGUCGCACCCCAUCUUCCUCUGCUUGUUCAGAUCUGUCUCCAGGCUCCCCAAAUCUCACUUGGGAAACCGC